CACACUUCACUCUCCCACGUCAACCACUCGAGUAAACAUUCGGCACAUCGUAAAGUCACUCGGAACCUAGUCUCAAGCUUCACUGUUUACAACACUCCAUGCCUGAGCCGUUUGGCACAGCGCAUUAUACCUACGCAUAACGAUAGACUGGUUCAACCAUUUCUCCGAAAACUCCCCUGAACCCUUACGGACAUCCACUUACUGAUCAUGAAUUCCCAACCUCAUGGUCCGCCUGGGGGCUUCGACCGAGAGCGCGAAAUCGAAGAACAUAACAGGCAACGUGCAAUACAAGAUGACCUUGCACAACGGGAACGCGAGCGCGAAAUCAAUGAAAGACAAGAUAGAGAGAGACAACACCGAGACCAAUAUCAACCAGCUCAACCCCACCAGAAUAGCGCCAGCUCGCUUCCCCUUCACCAACCUGUAGCAUCUCGCCUACCAGGCGCCAUUCAUAGCCCUGGAGGACUUCUUGCAAACCACGGUGGCGCCCCUCCGUCUGGUCCUCUCGGUGCUCCCAGUGGCCCUGGGAAUGCAUUCGGUGGACCUCUUCAUGGCGAAGCUCGCCCUAUCCAGCACAACCCACAGCAAGCUACCAACCAGCUUCAGCAGCAGCAAGGCUUUGGGCCCAGCAUCAUGCACCACAAUUCCGUUGGUGGUCCUGGGGGAAAUGCUGCAUUUGGAGGACCAUUACAACAGCAGCAGGCCCAGCAGCAGCAACAGUCGGCUCAACAGCAACAACAGCAAGAAGCCGUCUCGCGAUUGCAACAGGCCCUUCCAUUUGGCGGACCUAUUCCACAAGGGCAUCAAAUGCCCGGAGCUCCUGCGUUGGGACAAGCGGGACAACAACCGAUAUUGAAUGACGCUCUCAGCUACCUCGAUCAAGUUAAAGUGCAGUUCGCCGACCAGCCAGACGUGUAUAACCGGUUUUUAGAUAUCAUGAAAGACUUCAAGAGUCAAGCAAUCGACACCCCUGGUGUCAUUAAUCGCGUUUCCGAACUUUUCGCAGGUCAUCCGAUGCUCAUCCAAGGAUUUAAUACAUUUCUACCCCCCGGUUAUCGUAUUGAAUGUGGCGCUGGAAACGAUCCUAAUACAAUCAGAGUUACUACACCUAUGGGCACAACUGUUCAGUCGAUUUCAGGCGGGCGUGCUCUACCUGAUGCCGUUGUAGCUCAAGGCGGUGGAUACUACAACCCCGGACGACCCGGUUGGCAACAGCAACAGCCUCAGCACAGCAUUGAAAGUCCAGAAGGAGUCUUCAGCCCUCAAGCGCAAAGUGGAGCGCAGAUCUAUAACCCAGCUCCUCCACAGCACGCUUACGAAAACGCAGCGGCUGUCACUGCUCACCAGCAGCAGCAAAGAGGUGUUUCUCAGUUGACAAACGCAGUAGCAACGUUGGGACAUCCUCCAAGAAAUGCGCAGACACCUACCCCUGGUGGCCAGCCAGGCAUGAAUAACGGAGCGCAACCUGGAUUGGAGAAGCGAGGACCUGUCGAAUUCAACCACGCUAUCAGCUACGUGAACAAAAUCAAGAAUCGCUUUCAAGACCGACCAGAAAUCUACAAGCAAUUCCUUGAAAUUCUUCAAACCUACCAACGAGAGUCAAAGCCAAUCCAAGACGUUUACGCCCAAGUCACCACUCUCUUCAACACGGCACCGGACCUUCUCGAAGAUUUCAAACAAUUCCUUCCUGAGUCCGCUGCUCAAGCAAAAGCAGCCGCAGCAGCCAAGGCAGCGGAAGAAGCUCAACAGACCCAAACUCCUCAAAGUCACGGUCCUCGUGGAGAGCCAAAGAUGCCACCGAUCGGCAAUUUCGCCGUACCCGCAAGUACAGGCAAGGAGGGCAGAAAGAGACCUCGCAAUAGUGGUGUUGCACCCGGGUCGCAGCCCAACACCGUCGCAGAGAGUUCGAGAGCAGCACAAGCAAAUGCAGGAAAUAAGAGAGCAAAAUUGACCCAUAAAUCAAACGCUCCAGAUGCUCCAGCGGUAUCUCCGACAUUGACGCCAAUCAUGCCUGAACCCAUGCCUCCAACUUCUACUUCGGGUGCCACGUCCGAGGAGCUCGCGUUCUUCGAUCGCGUGAAGAAGUACAUUGGGAACAAGUCAGCCAUGAACGAGUUCCUGAAACUCUGCAACCUCUUCUCGCAAGACCUCAUCGACAAAAACGUACUUGUGCACAAGGUCAGCAACUUUAUCGGCGGCAACCCAGACUUGAUGAACUGGUUCAAAGUCUUCGUUACCUACGAUGGCCACGACGCAGUUGUCGAUAAUCGUCCGAGGGCACCACCAGGCAAAGUCGCACUGAGCAAUUGCAGAGGACUGGGUCCCAGCUAUCGUCUCCUUCCGAAAAGAGAACGUUUAAAGCCGUGUUCCGGUCGCGAUGAGAUGUGCCACGAAGUUCUCAACGAUAGCUGGGCAUCGCAUCCUACUUGGGCAUCAGAAGACUCUGGAUUCGUUGCUCAUCGAAAGAACAUAUACGAAGAGGGCCUUCACCGCAUUGAAGAAGAACGACACGACUAUGAUUUCAAUAUCGAAGCCAAUGCCAAAGUCAUCCAGCUUCUGGAGCCCAUCGCCCAGUCAAUCCUUGCCAUGAAUACAGAGGAGAGAGAGAGCUUCCGCAUGCCAAUCGGACUCGGUGGAGCAUCCCAAGCCAUCUACAAGCGUGUACUCAAGAAGGUUUAUGGUGAACGUGGUCCAGAAGUUGUGGCAGAUUUGUUCAAGGACCCUUGCGCUGUGCUCCCAAUCGUUCUGGCUAGAUUGAAGCAGAAGGACGAGGAAUGGCGCUUCACUCAGCGCGAGUGGGAGAAGGUCUGGGCUGCACAGACUUCCAACAUCUACCUCAAGAGUCUCGACCAUAUGGGCAUUCAAGCCAAGCAAUCGGACAAGAAGAAUUUCUCCGCAAAGCACCUCAUCGAUGCGAUCAAGGCCAAGUAUGAAGAGCAAAGACGCCAACGAAGCCUGAAGGGACGAGCGCAUGCCUAUCAGUUCGCCUACAACUUCACAGAUCGUGAUGUCAUCCUCGAUGUCCUCCGUCUCAUGCUUGUCUACGUUUCAAACGCCAGCCAACACAAUCCAGCUGAACGAAUCCGCAUCACCAGUUUCUUUGAGAAAUUUCUCUCGCAAUUCUUCGACAUCUCAGAAGAUGACAUUACUCGUUGCAGUGCCGGCAUCGACCGUGGAACUCCUGAUGACGAUUCUGAGGACACUGCCCAUGUCGAACUCACCAAUGGCAGAGGCAGACGCGGUGGCAACGGCAAGAAGACCGAUCUUCGUCGCGGCGUUUUGGACAAAGCCAGGAACGGAGUCAGAGGCCGGGGCCAGAAGGAUGAUAGUGCUACUGGUAGCAAAGAAUCUACGCCAGACGUGGAAUCUGUCGCAGAAGAUGAUGCAGAUGCUUCAGAAGAGCCCAUCAACCGAGUCACUGACCAACGCUGGACGACUCUUCCUGGUGCCAUUGAGUUGGGUCGCACCGUACAAUACCCCGGCCUCAGCCCAGACCAACCAUUCAAGCGCGAUUGGUACAGCCUCUACGCGAAUCAAAGCAUCUUCGUCUUUUUCAGCGUCUUCCAAACUUUGUAUCGCCGGUUCAAGGAAAUCAAGGACAGCGAGGAUUCCGCGAGAGAGGAGGGCAUCAAGGCAGCGAAACCCAAGCCUGCAAAGGUAAUCGGCUUGGUUACUGAGCAUGAGGACUAUACUGCUGCAGCGCUCAACGACCCCACCUUCUACUACACCAAGACUUUGGAACAUGUCACGCAUUAUAUCGAGGGCGACGUGGACGACACAGCAUACACAAGCUGGUUCCGACGAUACUACUUGAAGAAAGGCUGGCAACUGUACACCAUCCAAGACCUUCUUAAGCAUAUCUCCAGACUCGGCGCUGUCUGCUCCAGCACCGACAUCAAAGAAAAGACACCUGACCUUGUUGAGGCCUUCUAUCAGAACAGAAAGCACGAAGAGACUUCCUUCAAUACUGAGAUCAAUAUGAGAAAGCAGGCCGACAAGUAUAUCAAGGACCAAGAGCUUUUCCUGAUCAAAUGGUAUCCAAACAAGAGUCAAGCCACAUUGAAGUGGGUUCAGAAGGAAGAAACUACUUUUGACAUGGACGACAUGGAACGCAAGGAGCGUUGGCAAUACUACAACUCGUCCUAUGUGCGUGCCGAGCCAACUGAGGGCGUUCCUCGCGGCAAUCUUCAGAAAGUCCUCCUCUUCCGCAACAUUUCUGGUGCCGACAGUGACUUCGACGAGGGCAACCCAAAGAAGCCAUUGAUAUACCACGAGGACUUGAACCUGCGCAUCGAAGUCAACACAUACAAGAUUAUCUACCGCGAGCCAGGUACUGAGUGGUUCUUCUACAGUGGCAACCCUCUCACUUACGAUCCCGAAACCAACGAGAGUGCUGCUCGCGAGCGUCUUCGCAAAUUCGAGAACGUCCGCACUGAGCGCUUUAAGGAGAAGUUUGAGAUGAACAAUGCUUGGAUGAAGGGCCUCGAUCGUGAUGAGGUUGCUAAGGUCAACAAUGACUUUAGAAAGUGGAUUGAUGGCGACCAACCUGCUGCAGCUGAGCCUGAGCCUAUGGUCCAGUGAUCUUCCUCUGUGAAUCUUACACCUGUAUCGCUAGGACGCAGGCCUGCUAUGGCCUCUUCAUCACAUAUCGACAUCAAUAUGCUGCCUGAUCAUGUUGUCUACGAAUUCCAUUUCCACUACAUCGCUCGAUAUCCGACUUGGUGCGACGCAAUAGCCAGACAGAAUUAUUUCGAACAUACAUCUUUGCAUGGGAUUUUCAAUUUGCUUCGCCUUUUCUUCAUUUUCUCUCCUUGAUCAUAUACAAAAAUGGUGUACUGCGCAGGUGGAUGGACGGCGUGUACACACCACGGGCGCGAUUUUGAUAUUGAUUCGUUUCAUGAGUUUUCUUCGUUGGCUUACUAUGGUGCGUUGCUUUGCACUGCGACUGGGUGGUGGGACGGCUGGAUGGAUGUAUAAUAGAUCCGAUCAAUUGAUCUCUGCUUAUACUUAACAAAGGACCCUGUGAUUCAAGAGAAGGCAAUAAAUAAUCGUAUGGGAUCGUCUCAUAUGGACCGGUAAGUUCUGUCUCUAAAGACCUUGCUACUACGUCAUAGUAGCUGUACGAAAUCGCUGACCCAGCUUGUGAGUAGAGACUGGGCUAAACAUCAGAGACCCUUACAACUAAACCUGAUUUCUGCAUGCCUCCUCGUGAUCUCUGAUUUUUCUCUUCUUUGACGGGCCUAAAUUUUCAGCACUGCUCCUCUUAGUUUAGUUGGUACGUUCUUUCUCCAAGCUCCAGAUCACAGGCGUAAUACAUCCAACCACCUAGCGACUUGUACAUCAUCACGUAUCUGUUCCGGAAACAUCAAUUGGGCUUUGCAUUCUUCAGAGUAGGUAUAUCGUAUCUCUACACAGUCACACACGUCCAUAACAAUGAUCCUACACUCCCCGCAUCGAUCCAAAAGAGAGCCAGCAAGGCAUAAAGAAACGCCAUCCCAUGCUUGCGUGAACAAUCACCUAACCCAAGAGCUGGUAUCGUAUCCAAGUAUAUAGUACAAGAAGAAAAAUUGAAAUCUGCAGUUUUUAACCGGCCCCGUCCUCAUGACCGCUGCUU